UCCGGGUUUAGUCGGACAGUAGUAGAAAAAAAAAAAAAAAUCUGGUUGCCAUGAAUCUCAGCUAGCUAGCCACCGACAUCUGUCAGUACACUUGAGGGAAACCAUCCAUGUCAAGACACAAGCAGGACAUUCGGAGUCGUGUGCUGCUUCUGUGUACAUAUCGGGACACACCAGCCUGCCUGACAACAUACUGUGAAUCGACCCAGCUGGCUAAGUGACUAGACCAGAAAACCUUGGCACUGUUGUGUGCCAGCUCAUUUCAAGACCCAGGGAUUUCUGAAUCCAGAAGAUGAACGGUCUGUCCAUACGAGAGCUAUGCUGCCUGUUCUGCUGCCCCCCUUGCCCCAGCCGCAUUGCAGCCAAACUGGCUUUCCUCCCUCCAGAGCCCACCUACGCCCUUCUCCCUGACCCAGAUCCAGGUUCUGGAGCUGGACCUGCUUCUGGAUCCAGCUCCGGGGCUGCAGUGCCUUCUCUUGGAGCCCCAGGACUACGUUCCCGACUGGGUGCAGGUGGAGGAGGAGGAGGAGGAGGAGGAGGAGGGGGAGGAGGAGUAGGGGGAGGGGUGAGUGGUGGCAGCAGCAGUAGCGGGGGUGAGGGCAGGUGGAAGCUUCAUCUCACGGAGAGAGCGGAGUUCCAGUAUUCACAGAGAGAGCUGGAUGUGACGGAUGUAUUCCUGACCAGAUCUACCCGAGGGAACAGGGUGGGCUGCAUGUACAUUCGCUGUGCCCCUAAUGCCAGGUUUACAGUGUUGUUUUCCCAUGGCAAUGCGGUAGACCUGGGCCAGAUGAGCAGCUUCUACAUCGGCUUAGGAACGCGCAUCAACUGCAACAUCUUUUCCUAUGAUUACUCAGGCUACGGUGUUAGCACUGGCAAGCCCUCUGAGAAGAACCUCUACGCUGACAUUGAUGCUGCCUGGCACGCCCUGCGCUCCCGGUAUGGCAUCAGUCCUGAGAAUAUCAUCCUGUAUGGACAGAGCAUCGGCACGGUGCCCACAGUAGACUUGGCAUCACGGUUCGAGUGCGCUGCUGUGGUCCUCCACUCUCCUCUCACCUCUGGCAUGAGAGUGGCCUUUCCAGACACCAAGAAAACAUACUGCUUUGAUGCCUUCCCUAACAUAGAGAAAGUGUCAAAGAUCCCGUCUCCAGUGCUCAUCAUCCACGGUACAGAGGACGAGGUGAUCGACUUCUCUCACGGCCUUGCCCUGUUCGAGCGCUGUCCCAAGGCCGUGGAGCCCCUCUGGGUGGAGGGAGCCGGUCACAACGACAUUGAGCUUUACAGUCAGUACCUGGAGAGGCUACGGCGCUUCAUCAACCAGGACCUGGCUGCACAGCAUGCCUGAGAAACAAGCAACAGCCUCUCUGCGUUUGUAUGAAUGAGACAGUGUGCGUGUGACACUAAGUGAGGAUGUCAGCGUGAUGGGUGAGAAACUGACUUAAAAAAAGGAUGUGUGAUUUUUGUCACAUCUGUGUGUCUUUGAAACAACACAACUUUAAUUUACUUUUCACAGUACAACACAUGUUCAAAUAAUGUCCUCUUUUAAAGGUGAGAACGUUUUUUAAUACAUCAUUAGCUGCAUCCAUCUGUGCGGUGGAGUGUGGUGAAACACUAAAAACAAUAACUGAGAAUGAUCAACUUCACAGAUACGGUUUUUAACGUGAGAGAAGUUUUGAAUUGCAGCUUUAAAAUGUGUCACACACAUGAAUUAAGAAGUAACAGUAAUGUGCUUUGUCCAAAAAAGGCACACAGAUGUCGGUCCAGUGUGUUACAUUUAGGAGGAUCUAUUGGCAGAAAUGGAAUAUAAUAUUCACAGGUAUGUUUUUAUUCGUGUAACAAUCGGUUUCGCAGCCAACGUAGUUUCUCCUACACGCUUGGAAAUCUGAGCUGUAUUCACAUGGCUGCAAUCUGCAAUUUCACCGCUAGAUGCUACUAAAUCUUACACACUGGUCCUUUUUAGUAUGCCAUGUUAGUGAAUGUAUGGGUCAUGGGUGUAAGUGUAUAUUCAUAUCUCCAUGGACCUGUGACAUAUGAGUAAUGCGUGCACAUGUUUGUAUGUGUGUGUGUGAGAGUUUCUGAGCGAAGCAGUGCUGAAAGAAAUGAAGGACAUCCUGAUGACUUGGACAGCUGCAAGUGGAGGAAGCUUAUGGACACUUAUCAAUAAUGAUGGGUUUUUUUUGUUCUCUUUUUUUUUUUUUUUGCGCGAGUAUGUAUGAAGAAUACCUCCACAGCUUGACCAGUUCUCUCUCCAGUGGACAAACACUGGUCAAGCAUGUGCCCCCCCUCUCCCCGCCCCCCUCCUCCACUCCUUGUUUACCUGUUAAUGGACAUCCAUCUGACUGCCAGGGCAUUCUCCAAGUUGUUGUCCAGCUAACACUAACCUACUUUAUUCGUGUGGUUUGGGGGUCCAUCUCCUCUCCUUUUUCUGGUGGAUACACUAGUCUGGAAUACUGUCAUAGCUUCUAUGGCUGUUGGGUGUCUCGUACUUUCCUCUCCCUCAUUUUUGAUUCUGAUAAGAUCACAGAAUGGCCAGCUUCCACUUCAUUUCCUGGCUGUGCUGUAGCUUUAGCCUUUUACUGCCCACAGAAUUGCAGCAGCAACUUACAGGGAAUUAUUUUGAUUUCCCUGUAUUGCUUUUCCCCCAUCCAGUCCUAUGUAUUUGUGAUCAAGAAUGACGAUGUGGUUGAAAUGGAAACAGGUCUUUUGAGGAUAUCUCUGUUUAUGUGGGCAUUUCUUUGGCAUUAAUGGAACAGCUAUAGAAGUGAAACAGAGGGUUGUAGCCCUUCAAUAUUUACUGAUGCGUGUUGUUUUAAGGUUGGGCAGACUGCACUGACUUAGUAACAGCACAAAUAAGUCAGAUUUAAAGAAAUAGUUCAACAUUUUCGGAAGUGGCUGCGACCAGACAAGAAAUAGCCCCCCCUUCUUCUCAUGUGACCGGUAAUUGGUAAGAAAAGCAUUUUUGUUGAACUAUACCUUUUUAAAGUGCAGCUGUUGAGGAGGUCUGUGAAUAAUGUGUCUGUUCUGGUGAACAUACACCUUUUUGGAGCUUGUUGUUGUUCUGGCUGCAUCUGGAGGCUCUAAAGGUGUAAGGAGGCAAAAAAGCUGCUCAGUUCACCAAACUAAUGAGGAUUACGUCAGUUUUAUUCACAGUAAUCUUUUUGCUUCAACACAAUCUCUUUUGUGUAAUAUUGAUUAACUCGUGGUCUUACAGCAGCACAGUUUGUUUUCCAAGUCUUGUUCCAGUAGCACUCAUUACCAGGGUUAGUCAGCCUCCUGUUCUUAUUCACCCUCACGCACAUUUUCUUUCUUCUAACGUUUUUGUCUUGUUGUAAUUAAUCCGAACGUGUUUGAUGUAGUGUAGGGCCAUGGAUUGUUUGUCUCAGAACCAUGCGUGUCAACGUUUGUGACUAACAGUGUGAUUCAGAUCGGGUGCCAGGACGUGGACAUCAUGCCUACUAGCUCUGUUUAACCUCUGUGGCCCUAAAAUGUACAGGAGCUCUCUUAUGGGUGGCAGCACGCUUCAUGUCUGACACAAGCCAUAUUUGAGCCUCUCACUGUUUGGUGUGGUGCAGGUUCCACCACACACACCUUUGCACAUCAUCACACACACACACACACACACACACACACACACACAUUCAAACACAUCAUACACACAUGCAUACACACACACGUAAUACAUGUACUGUAGUAUACAGUAUAUUUACACUUAUAUAUAUCAGAUCAAGCAUGACAAAAGCAGGUCUUAAGUUCAGCACUAUUGUAUAAAGCAUCCAAAGUGUAAUAAGGGUAUAAAAUGUAAGUUUGUGUGUCUUCAUUAUUAUUGACUGUCUUCUACAGGCCAGCAUUAAGGAUACUAACAUCAUGUUUGAAUAAGUAGUAAUAGGCCCUGUGUGUCGACCUGAAAAAGUAAAAGAACUGGUUUCAGAUCUAUACAAGGUGUCUGCUGCAAAGGAGACCCAUCAGUUUCAGUGAUAGUAGCUGCGUUUUUUUUUUAAGGGAACAUGUACUGAACUAGCACUGAUCUGAUUACUCCAUUUUGGGAGUACAAGUGGGUCUUGGUAAGCAGUGGAAAGGAUACUGAACACCACUCGCUCUCUGUCAUCACUUCGAACAGGGAAUCUUUCCAGUCUCAUCCUGUGCUUCGUGUCUAUUUAAAUAAUGGAAAUCUGUUACCAUCUUGAACCAGGGGUCUGAGCUGUCAGAAUUAGAGAGAAUUAUCGCCUCUCUCUGAAGGAAGAAGUCGGCCUCAGUUUCUCCCGGACAGUUCGUGUUAUCAGGGAAACCACUGGAUCCACCUUUCCUUUAUGGGGUUCAUGAAACGGGGUGGAAACUUGUCGUUUUAUUGAUGCACCACUAUGGUUGCCGUAUAUUGUAUCCUCUGGCCCUGAAUGUUUAUUGAUGAAGGGGUGGGGUGGGAGGGUUGAACAGUGAAAACUGUAUGCAUGUCUAUUGUGUUUUGCAGAGCAAGUGACGGGGUGGGAAGUUAUCUCUAUUAUGUAUUCUAUGUGAGGGUAAAGCUGAACUCAUGGCAUUGGAAUAAUGAAGCGCUUUUU